AUGGUAGUGAAGACUGCCACCAGAAACUUGGUUUCCACUUCUUUGAUGUGUAAGGAAGUCAAGUUCAGUUAUGAAGAGGAAGAGUAUGUAGUUGAUCUGAUUGUGCUUGAGGGUAUAAAUCUGCACAUCAUUCUAGGCAUGGAUUGGGUAGUCAUACAUGGAGUUAUGAUUGAUUGUUGUAGCAGGAAGAUUUAUUUCUCUGCUAAGAAUGAGAAGAAGGACUCCCCAUAUUUAUCAGUGUUACAGAUGAUUAAGGCUCUAAAUGUGAGAGAUGCAGGAUAUAUCAUGUUAGGAGGAUUGGUUGGUGUCUCUAAGGAGCCAACUGCUAGUAUCCCGAUUGUAUGUGACUUUGAGGAUGUAUUUCCAGAAGAGAUCCCACAGUUUCGACCAGAAAAGGAGAUUGAAUUCUCCAUUGACCCAGUGCCUGAUGUGAGGCCUAUCUCUUUGGCUUCAUAUUGGAUGUCACCAGUGGAACUUGUAGAGUUGAAGAAGCAGAUUGAAGAAUUUUCUCGUAAGAAGUUCAUUAGACCAAGUGUAUCUCCUUGGGGUGCACCAGUUAUCUUUGUAAAGAAGAAGGAUGAAACUAUGAGAUUGUGCACGGAUUACCGGCAAUUGAACAUGGUGACUGACUGA